UCAGGAGUCAGGCUCGAACAGAGAGCAGCAGACAAGGUGGCGAGUGGACAGAGGGAGCAGCACAUUGUCCUCACUCAAGACUCAGAGGGAUCUCUUCAGAUCAGAGAUCCUGACCCAAACCACUCCCUCGGGAUGUCUGUCAACAACUGCUCUUUCGAUCUAAUAGCUGGGAAAGAAGAGUGGCAUUGUCCUCCAGAGGAAAUCUGUGUCAACAUGACUUCUGGCAUGAACGGAAAUCUACUUGAUGCAUGUCUGACAGAGGAAGGAUACCUAGAAAAGUAUCUGGGACCCCGCCGAUCACCCAUUUUCCUCCCCGUCUGCCUCGUCUAUCUGGUCAUCUUCUUGGUUGGCGUCGUGGGGAAUGUGCUGACGUGUACAGUCAUUGUACGCAACAAGGUCAUGUGGACGCCAACGAACUACUACUUGUUCAGCUUGGCAGUGUCAGACCUGCUGGUGCUGCUGCUUGGCAUGCCACUGGAGCUGUAUGAACUGUGGCAGAACUAUCCCUUUCUCCUGGGAAAGGGAGGCUGCUACUUCAAAACCUUCUUAUUCGAGACGGUCUGCUUGGCGUCAAUCCUCAACAUUACUGCACUGAGCAUCGAACGUUACAUUGCUGUGGUGCACCCACUUCGUGCAAAGUACGUCGUGACUCGGACCCAUGCCAAACGGGUAAUCCUGACCGUGUGGUGUGUGUCAGUGUUGUGCGCGGUGCCCAACACAAGUUUGCAUGGAGUCCUGAUCAUUCAUGUUCGCUCCACUGGCCCUGCUGGAGUCGUCAACCAGGAGAUCCCAGACUCAGCCAUCUGCACGCUGGUGAAGCCACGAUGGAUGUACAACCUGACCAUCCAGCUGACCACCUUUUUGUUUUUUAUCCUUCCCAUGGCCACUAUCAGUGUUCUCUACAUGCUGAUCGGGGUGCAACUUAAGCGUGAAAAGAUGAGGCAGGCACUAGAGGCCAAGUCUGGGUUUGGAAAGGACAGUUUCUGUAAUAUCCGCACGCAGCAGCAGAAGGCACGUCGGCGGCAGGUCACAAAGAUGUUGUUUGUUCUUGUGGUGGUUUUUGGGAUCUGCUGGGCCCCGUUUCACACCGACCGCCUCAUGUGGAGUUUUAUCAGCGACUGGACAGACAGCCAUCUGGAGAUCUUUGAAUAUGUGCACAUCAUCUCUGGUGUAUUUUUCUACCUCAGCUCAGCAGUCAACCCCAUCCUUUACAACCUCAUGUCCACACGCUUUAGAGAAAUGUUCAAGGAAGUGAUGUGCCAUCGGCAACACCACAUCACCCCAAGAAAACACUCAUUCAGUGUGACCCGGGUGACGCUUCGCAGCACCCUGAGCGAUGUGCCGCUUAGCAACGGAGCCAUUGUCGUGGAAGCUGAGACAGAGGAUGGAGAGGGGAGGAUGAAAGACAAGACAACUUUCUCAUGUCAAAAGCAGCUAUGAGGGAGGCGCACUCUGUUCAACAUGACCUUUUAUGUUGACAAGGGUUGGCUUAUUCUGAGCCCGUGCGUCCAUCUUCUGUCAACAGCAGCCACUUUGCACAGUUAGAUCAACAACAUACUGUCUGGAUACAACAUUGUUAAAAAACGCAUGCAUACACUCAAACACAAAAUUCAUCUGAAGUUGUUGAAUUUAAAUGUUAUUGUUCCAAACUAACGUUUAACUCAAUCUGAUAAGCUUUAAAAAUCCAAGUUCAAUGAGAAACCGUUUUUACUUGAAAACAAUAUUCUGUGACUCUUCAAAAAACAGUAAAAAUGCUCAAAAAUGAUGGCACUCGGGAGCUUUCUGAUCAGAAAACGGCUGGCAGUGAAUGAGUUAAUCGUUGGCUAGCUUACAAACAUUAGCUUACAUUCUCCUUACAGCGGCUCACCGAUGUAAACAUGUUGCCAACUUUGCCAGAAUUCGUCCAACUGGAUUUAUAACAUUCUGUGAUAAACAGCUUUGACUGGAGCUGAUGUAAAAAAAAAAAAACAUAAAAAAGUCUGGAUGCCUACCAUAUUUUUCCGUGGGUUGGGUUAUCGUGUUCAGCUGCCCAGAUAUCUCAUUACGGCGAAGCUCAUCAUGCUAAAUAAAUUACAAUUUUCAUGGGCAUAAUCCUAUAUUAGAACAAUACUGUUAUUAUAAAUAAUUAUCUUGCAUCUCGCUAUAGUGGACAGUAACACAUGUCCUCCAUGGGGAAAUAUAGGAUUAUAAAUACUAAAUAAGAAAAUGAGGAGAUGGUGUCCUCAGUUCUCUUGAUCCUGAGAAAACAAAUUUUCUUGUUAAUGAAGUAGAGCAAAGAAUUGAUUCAAAAACUUGAAAGACAAAGUUAUAGAAAAAAAUCAACAAAAUCUAAUCUAUUUUUUUAACUGAACUAUCUGCUGGCUUUACUAUGUGAUUAUUAAACAAAGAGCAGUACAAAAGAAAUAACAAUGGCCUUUGCCACUAGACAUGUACAGCAAUGGAUAUAGGAGGAUCUUUGUUGACAUCUUUUUUCAUCUUUGUGCACACGCGCAAGUGGCUGGGUGGCAAAAGCAAACUGCUAUCAAUAAGCAACUUACACUUUUAAGAGAGUUUACGAACGAAAUCCCCGAUUUAUAAACACUUCAGAGCAGGUUUAGAGAGAAGCUUAAAGUCUGUAUUGAAGAGAAAUUUUAAGUUAUUAAAAGCCAGAGGUGUGGACUCGAGUCACAUGACUCGGACUCGAGUAAUUAUUUUAAUGACUUCUGACUUGACUUAAUAAAAUCUAUAAAGACUUACAAUUUGGCUCGGACUUGAAAGCCAAUGACUUGCGACUUGAAUCGACUUGCAUCUGUUGACUUGAUGAUGACUUGAGCAUAUAUGAUAUUUUAGCACAAAAGUGGCACGACAUGGACAAAAAUCAUAAAUCAUUCUUCGUUCUGGGUUUGAUCUUGCACUGCUAAAAGCAACAGCACUUUGUUUAUCUGCUUGUUUGAGCAAAUGAAUGAAGCUUCAACCCUCCCACUGUCUUUAUGGGUGACCCUGCGAGGAAAGUUGAUCAUUGAGCAGGAUUGAUGGUUUUUCCCUUGAGGUCCACAUGGCAGGGGUGAGGUGGUGCUCACUCCUCAUCCCUGCCACAUGGACCCAAGGGAUAAACUAUCAACCCUGCUCAAUGGUCAACUUUCCUCGCGGGGUCAAACCCAUUAAGACAGUGGGAGGGUUAAGAAGCUUUAUUUCUGGAAUUUAUUUAUUAUCAUUGUCAUUAAAUUGAAGUUUGACAGAUGACUUGAUUAUGACUUGACAAUUCAAAGUUAAGGACUUGAACUUGACUUGGACUUCCACAUCAUUGACUUUGCACUCGACUUGGACUUGGUUGUCUUUGACUUGGACUUGACUCGAGACUUGACUGGAAAGACUUGUGACUUGCUUGUGACUUGCAAAGCAGUGACUUGGUCACAGAGGUGGAAAGUAACAAAUUACAUUUACUCACUUUACUGUAAUUGAGCUGAUUUUUUGUAUAUUUAUACUUUUUAAGUCGUUUUUAAAAUCUGUACUUUUACUUUUACUGUACUUGAGUGUGUUUUUAAAAAUGAAUUGUAAUUCGCUACAUUUUAAAUCAUAUCCAUUACUGAGUAAAAAUAAAUCAUAGGCUUAAUAAAUUAAAAAUAUUUCGUGUAGCAGCAUCAGAACAGAAAUCUGAAAUGUUUGAAUUUAGGUUAUGUGACAGGUUAGAGCACAGUCUCAUGUUAGAGUUUUUCAUGAAAACAUUGAGAUCCCUCACAUGCUGAUGGCAUCUAAAAAUUAACUUUUUUUUCUUUUUUCUAAAUAAAGAAAAAUUUUAAUCACAAUUGAAACGUACAAGCCUAGAAAAACCUCGUCCAAUCAAUGUGCACGUCCUGUUCUCACUGACUGGAUAGAAAUCCCUCCAUCAAACUGUGUGUGUGUGUGUGUGUGUGUGUGUGUGUGUGUG